GCUGCAGAACUUCGAGCUUACCUGAAAUCCAAAGGAGCAGAAAUCUCGGAAGAAAACGCUGAAGGUGGACUUCAUGUAGACUUGGCACAGAUUAUUGAAGCUUGUGAUGUGUGCCUGAAAGAGGAUGACAAAGAUGUUGAGAGCGUAAUGAACAGUGUAGUCUCUUUGCUUCUUAUCCUGGAACCUGACAAACAAGAAGCACUGAUUGAAAGUCUGUGUGAGAAAUUAGUAAAAUUUCGGGAAGGAGAGCGCCCAUCUCUUAGAUUGCAGUUGCUGAGCAAUCUCUUCCAUGGUAUGGAUAAGAACACUCCUGUGAGGUACACAGUGUACUGCAGCCUUCUGAAAGUGGCCUCAUCGUGUGGUGCCAUCCAGUACAUUCCAACUGAACUAGAUCAGGUCCGAAAAUGGAUUUCUGACUGGAAUCUAGGCACAGAGAAAAAACAUACACUUCUGAGACUGCUGUAUGAUGUCCUAGUGGACUGCAAAAAAAGUGACACUGCAGCAAAAGUAAUGGUGGAACUAUUGGGAAGUUACACAGAGGACAAUGCUUCCCAGGCUAGAGUUGAUGCUCACAGAUGUAUUGUACGAGCAUUGAAGGACCCAAAUACCUUUCUCUUUGAUCAUCUUCUUGCCUUAAAACCAGUCAAAUUUUUGGAAGGAGAACUUAUUCAUGAUCUUUUGACAAUUUUUGUAAGUGCUAAACUAGCAUCCUAUGUCAAGUUUUAUCAGAACAACAAAGACUUCAUUGACUCCCUGGGCUUGUUGCACGAACACAAUAUGGCAAAAAUGAGGCUACUUACUUUCAUGGGGAUGGCGGUAGAGAAUAAAGAAAUAUCAUUUGACACAAUGCAACAGGAACUUCAGAUUGGAGCUGAUGAUGUAGAAGCAUUUGUUAUUGAUGCUGUAAAGACAAAGAUGGUAUACUGCAAAAUAGAUCAGACACAGAGGAAAGUAGUUGUCAGUCACAGCACACAUCGGACUUUUGGAAAGCAGCAAUGGCAGCAAUUGUAUGACACUCUAAACACCUGGAAACAAAAUUUGAAUCAAGUGAAAAACAGUCUCCUCAGUCUCUCAGACACCUAAACAAUUUUUUUUUAAUCUAGUAAUGUCACUAUAGAUUAAAUUUAUUCAAAACUCUGACAAUUUGUGAAUGUUUGCAAUUGGUUUAAAGAAGCUAAAUAUUCUAAAUUGCAACACAAAAAAAGGAAUAAAACUAACAUGGGAAAAU